AUGCCAACAAUCAACAUCAUCAACGACUCCGACCACCUCUCCUUUGUCUCCUCCGUCCCCUCCUUCACCCCUCACCCUCAUUCUCACUCUCAUCCUCACUCUCAUCCACCCCGUCUCCGUCACUCUCCCUCCAUCGCCAACCUCUCCCGCUGGGUCGUCAAUCGCAUCUCUCGUCGUUCCUUACGAGAGGAAUACACUGGGUCAGAUAGAUCGGAUCUCCCCCAUUAUAAUAAUCACGAUAACAAUAACGAUAUCAAUCCCAACAAUAACCAACAAGAUAAUCCUCACCACACCCCUGGAUACAAUAGCCGACAACAACGACGACAACGACGACGACGACGACACCAUCGCACCGCACCUCUCAAAGAAGAAACCAACGAAGACAACGACCCCGACGAACACGAUGAAGAAUCAGAAGUAGAAGACUCCGACGAAGAACGCCUCAAAGAAGAAUACGCCGCCUACUGUCGCGCCUUUACCGGGUCCGGGUGUCCAGAUCAACAUCAUCCUCCUUCUUCACUCUCCCAGUCGCGCUGGACCAUGGAGGCUUCUGUUUACCCGGGGACAGUAUCACGGUCGUCAUCUCCGGGACUAUCACCACCAUCAGCAGCAGCAGCGGUAGGAAGAGAAGAAGGAGAGUACGGCGUGCCCAGUCCACACUUCGACCCUCUCAAUGAAUCGCAUCCCCAGUUACAACCACCCCCUCGCAUACUCACUCCCGCUCUCUACGUUCAAACGCAAGCCCAAGCUCAGCAGCGCAAACAUCCCACCCCCGAGGACCGUCCCGUCCGGCCCUGGUGGUCCACGGCGCGGGGGUGGGUGUGCGCCCGUCCGUGACCCACGCAAAGGCCCGGGUCAUACGCAC